CGCGGGGUUUCCGCUGAAGGAGAGCUUGAUCCUAGGCGCUCAGUGUUUGCUGCCGCCUGGGUGGCCUCCUCGGAAGGCGAGUCUGCAUCCCCCGUGGCGGAGCCGGUCCGGUGGUCCUGCAGCCUCGCUUACCUGCGUUGCAGAAGUGAGCGGUGUGCCGGGAGUGUGGGGGAGCCGACAGCCCAGGGGACGCACCCGCCUUCCUCCGCUGGGCUGGCUUAAGGCUCUCCUCGGUCCUGAUUGAUGAGAAUCCAUAUGACCUGAAAAAUGUCUGAAAAUUCCAGUGACAGUGAUUCAUCUUGUGGUUGGACUGUCAUCAAUCAUGAGGGGUCUGAUAUAGAGAUGGUGAAUUCUGAACAUGGUGCAGCCAAUGACAGCUGUGAGCUCACCCCGGAAUGUUCAUCUUUAUCACAAGAGGAGCUACAAGUAUUGCAGUUAGAGCAGGGAGAGAGCAGCCAGAAUGGCACAGUGUUAAUGGGAGGAAGUCCUUAUCCAGCUUUGGAGGAAAUGAAGUCAGCACUUGAGGGAGAGGAAGAAAAGUUACCUGAUGACAAUCUCUAUUUUGGAACUGUCAGUGAUGAUUCUGAUAUUGUUACACUUGAGCCACCUAAGUUAGAAGAAACUGGGAAUCAAGAAGAAGCAAUAAUUGUUAAAGAAGCACAGAGUCCAGAAGACUUUAACAUGGGCUCUUCCUCUAGCAGCCAGUAUACGUUUUGUCAGCCAGAAACUGAAAGGUGGUGGGAGAAGCUGUGGAAGAUUCCUGAAUGCAUAAGGGGAUGGGAUGAUCAGCUGAAACACCAUGUUCCUAGCCAACUCGCUUUCCAAGUAUUUUCAUCUCAGCCUAGCGAUGACGAAUCAAGUAGUGAUGAAACCAGUCAUCAGCCCAGUCCGGCCUUUAGACGACGCCGUGCUAGGAAGAAGACUGUUUCUAGUUCAGAAUCUGAAGAAAGGUUACUUGCUGAACAAGAAACUGAACCUUCUAAGGAGCCGUGUAAACGUCAGUUCAAUAGUGGUCUCAAUAAAUGUGUUAUACUUGCUUUGGUGAUUGCAAUCAGCAUGGGAUUUGGACAUUUCUACGGCACAAUUCAGAUUCAGAAGCGUCAGCAGUUAGUCAGAAAGAUACAUGAAGAUGAAUUGAAUGAUAUGAAGGAUUAUCUUUCCCAGUGUCAACAGGAACAAGGGUCAUUUAUAGAUUAUAAGUCAUUGAAGGAAAACCUUGCAAGGUGUUGGACCCAUACUGAAGCAGAGAAAAUGUCCUUUGAAACUCAGAAAAAGAACCUUGAUACAGAAAAUCAGUAUCUAAGACUAUCUCUGGAGAAGGAAGAAAAAGCCUUAUAUUCAUUACAGGAAGAGUUAAGGAAACUAAGAGAACAGAUUAGGAUAUUGGAAGAUAAAGGGACAAGUGCUGAAUUAAUUACAGAAAAUCAGAAACUUAAGCAGCAUUUGGAAGAAGAAAAGCUGAAAACACAAAGCUUCCUUAAUCAAAAGGAGACUCUGUUGGCAGAAGCAAAGAUGCUAAGGAGGGAACUGGAAAGAGAACAACUAAUAACCAUGGCUUUAAGGGUGGAACUCCAGCAGCUAAGCUCUAGUCAGUCAUAUAGCAACCCAGACUCUCCCAGUGUAGUGACUGAAAAAAAGGAAAUAAAAGUGUUACGGGAAAGACUUACUGAGCUGGAGCGCAAGCUAAACUUUGAACAGCAGCGUUCUGACUUGUGGGAAAGACUGUAUGUUGAAGCAAAAGAUCAAAAUGAAAAACAAGAAACUGAUGGAAAAAAGAAAGGGAACAGAGGAAACCACAGAGCUAAAAAUAAGUCAAAGGAAACAUUUUUGGGUUCUGUUAAGGAAACAUUUGAUGCCAUGAAGAAUUCUACCAAGGAGUUUGUGAGGCAUCAUAAAGAAAAAAUUAAACAGGCUAAAGAAGCUGUAAAAGAAAAUCUGAAAAAAUUCUCAGAUUCAGUUAAAUCCACUUUCAGGCAUUUCAAAGAUACCACCAAGAAUAUCUUUGAUGAAAAAGGCAAUAAAAGAUUUGGUGCUACAAAAGAAGCAGCAGCUAAAAAACCAACAACAGUUUUUAGUGAAUAUUUAUAUCCACAGUAUAAGGCACAUACACAAAACCAGAAUAGUAGAGGCCCUACUACGCAAAGAGAGAGAAGGAAAGAAAAGCCUCAUUUUGAAGAAUUUGGAAAAAAUACAAAUUCACAGAAAUGCAGUGCUGAGCAUGACUGUGGUGAAAAUUAUAAUUCUUUCAGAAAGGCUUGUUCUGGUGUAUUUGAAUGUGCUCAACAGGAAUCCAUUAACCUUUUUAAUGUUAAAAUGUUGAAUCCUGUAAGGAUAGAUGAAUUUAGACAGUUAAUUGAAAGGUAUUUAUUAGGAAAACUGGAUAGGUUUCAUCAUUGGAAAGAACUUGAUCACUUCAUCAAUAAGUUUUUCCUAAAUGGUGUCUUUAUACAUGAUCAGAAGCUCUUCACUGACUUUGUUAAUGAUGUUAAAGAUUAUCUUAAAGACAUGAAGGAAUAUCAAGUAGAUAAUGAUGGAGUAUUUGAGAAGUUGGAUGGAUAUAUAUAUAGACACUUCUUUGGUCACACCUUUUCCCCUCCAUAUGGACCCAGUCGACCAGAUAAAAAGCAACGUAUGGUAAAUAUUGAAAGCUCCAGGCAUCGAAAACAAGAGCAGAAGCACCCUCAGCCACAACCUUAUAAAAGGGAAGGUAAAUGGCAUAAAUACAGUCGCACUAAUGGAAGACACAUGGCAAACCUUGAAAUAGAAUUGGGGCAAUUACCUUUUGAUCCUAAAUAUUGACCAUCACAAUUAAGUUAAAUUAGAAAACUGUAACAGAAACUUGGAUGCUUUCUAGACUGUUUGGUGUUGAAACUAAGAUGAAAUUAUCAAGAUAAAAAUGUCUUUUUAUCAUUUCUAAGUAUCAGUUUGAUGAUUUUAUAUUAUUACUCAGAAGCAUCAAGCAAAAGCUUACUAACUUGCAUUUUCCUGUAGUUUAGCUUUGCUGAAUUUUUUUGGCACUGGAAAUGUUCAACUAUAGAUUUAUUAAGGAAGCCAGGCAUGCAACAGAUUUUGUGCAUGAAAUGAGACUUCCUUUCAGUGUAUGAGCUUAAAUUAAGCAAGCUCAAAUCAUACAUGACAAAGUGUAAUUAACACUGAUAUUUGUGUUAAAUUUCCAGUAGAGCUUGAAAAAAGUACAUUGUGAUGGAAUUUCAUCUCUAACAUUUUAUAAUCUUACACUUCUUGUCUUUUUGUGGGUUCAAGAGCCUGUUGACUUGUGAAGAAUUUGCUGCCUUAUGAGCUUGCUGGCUUGUUCUCUUGUGAAAUUUCUUGCACAUCUGAAUAUUGUGGAAGAAACAAUAAAACUACACCAUGAGGAAAA